AUGUUCUCGUCCAAGGCGUCCAUGCAGCAGCACAUGGUGCGUCACGGCGCAGUGGAGGCUCGUUUCCCGUGUCCACACUGUCCGCGGCGGUUCAUCUAUAACUCGAUCCUGCGCUGUCACCUGGCGUCCGCGCACAGCGCCGAGCGAGACUGCGUGUGCGAGGUGUGUGGUGCCACGUUCACGUGCAACUCGGCGUUGAACGCUCACAAACUGUCGCACCAGGAGGAGAGGCCGCACUGUGUGCCACGCGAGCGACCGUUUUCGUGUCCUCUCUGUGAGAAGCGGUUCUCGCAGAGGUCGCACGUGCGCUCACACAUGCAGCUGCACGUGGAGUUACGGCCGACGGACGGGUCGGAGGCGGUGGUUCCGGCGGUGCCGCUGUCUGCGCCCUGUCCUGUAGCGCCCCGCGCUGGAGGCCGGCCCGGCGGCGCCCCCUGCACUGGAGGUAUAGAGGUGGCGGCGCUGCUGCCGCGUCCGUUCCGCUCCGGGUCCUCUUCGGGUCAGGGUCGCUCUGAGUCGCACACCGCAGAGCGUCGCGUCGACCUGGCGGGAGCUCUUUCAUCACACCAUCCGCCCCUCCGGACCGACGGCAAACCCCGCAGCGCACUGUGCGUGCGUAUGGCGCUGCCGUUUUUCAGCGGGGGACACGUCCGAUCUUUUGUCGGCGUCUGGGAGAGGAGAUUGAGC